CAGAGUGAGUUAGGAGUAAACGAACACCAUCAGAAUCAAGUGGUGAAUUAUAUGAGGUUUGCCCGAUAUCAGAGAGGUCAAAGAUUACGAGCCGUUGAUGCCUGUUUCGAAGAAUUACAAGACAGUCGACUAAAUGACGCUACGUUCACCAGAGAUGAAAUGGUGGAUAUGUUAGAUGGUUUAUUGGCAGUGGUCCGAGGAGAGGUAGAAUCAGAGUUGAUAAACACAGCCCAUACUAACGUACUGAUGAUGAGACAAAUGUUCCAACAAUCUGAGAAAUGGCAUCUGAAAUUACAGGCUGAUAUUUCGGAGCUAGAAAACAGGAAUUUACUGGAACAGAUCAAGGAGUUUGAAGAAAGAGAAUUUACAGGAACCAAACGAGAUACAGAUUUUACCCCAUCUAAAUUAACGCCCCUGAAUGAAACAGGUGGCACUGCCUUAUUACAUAUGAGAAUUGAUGAAAUUACUAAAGAUAAUGACGAACUGCGAAAACGACUGUCUAAAUAUGAAAAAGUGGUAAAAAGUAGAUUUAAAACUCAAGCUUUAUCAUCAGAUCUAGAGAAGGCAGAGGCAGAACUUAGAGCAAGGAAGUCAAACGUUACUCAGGAAGAUUUAGAGGAUCUACAUCGUAAAAUGUCUGGUUUACAAUCAGACUUAGAGAGAACAAAACGAGCUGGAGACGACACGGCCGCUAAUCUUACUCAUGAUCUCAGCGGAACUAAACACGAACUUCUUAAAGUCAGAGAGAUGUUAGAGAUGGCUGAAAAGGAAUUGGAGAAGAAAGUAAGUCAGACAAAUCCGUUUAAAAAUCUGAAACAGAUGUUACAGAAGAAAAAUGAUCAGAUGAAAGAACUCAGAAAAAGACUCUCAAAGUAA